AUGUAGUUCUCUGUCCCCUAUUUUGACCUCUUCCCCAGCAGCAUCAAAGUUUUCAAAAGUCUUCAAAAGUCUUCAAACUAGCAACAACAGUCCUUAACUAUCAUUACUUCUCGAUUUUACCAGCCUUAUAGCACCAAAAGCCAAAACGCCGGCUUGCACAUGCAUACAAGUUCUCAUAGAGGAGCGAGGAAGAGGAAUUCCACAAUGCCUUCUCCGGGAAAAGCUUCAGGGGUCGCUUUCAGCCUUUCACCGCCUGCGCGGGUUCGAGUGGGCGCAGGGUUCCGGAUAAGGAUUCGAGCGCCCUCCAAUGACGACAAUGGUUCGAUGGCAAUUGUGAGGCUCGUGCGCGUGUCUUCCUGCCGAGACAAUUCGUCAGCGGGCUUACUCGCCUCCUCGGACUUGUUCCAAGGAAACGUGGUUGGAAACUGGCAGGCUGAAACAAAUCAUCCCGCAAGCAAUGGCCAGCAGUACGAUAUUAUGGAGUUCAAGUCUCUCACAGUAAACCAACCCGGAUCCUACUAUCUCAGAAUCCAACUCUACGGCGCACCAGCCGCCAGUGGGGAAAGAUCUGGUUUCCAUGUGGAGCACAUCAGAAAUCUGGAUAGUGAGAGGUUCUAUGUGGGGACGUGAUGGGCAUGGUCACUCUGUCUUGGGUGCUACCAACCACGCAAGAAUUUUGUGUUAAUACAAUAUGAACAUAGUCUAAAAAAUUUUGGGUUUGGCCUAAUAUAGAGGCUCUAUGGAUCAGUUCGGAAGGUCGAUGUGGAACACUUUGUAAUAUGCUCGGGUCUUCUUUUGUGGCUCUUUUCUGAAUUAUUCUGGUUCCUGCAUUAGAAGGUGUUAUAAUCUUGCAU